AUGCGUGUAACCUCCCCUCUCCUCCUGGCUCUCCUAGUACUCCUGCUGCUCCCACCACCCUCCCAGCUGAGGAAGGCAGGCCAGGGUAGGCGGCUCAAAGUAGGCAGACGCCUCCUCAGACGGGACAGGGUGAGAGGUCGGGGGCGCCAGGGCAGGUCAGGAGACAUCAGGCAUCAGGUCCCUGAAUGCUCAGAGUACAGCGACUCCGAAGACCUCUUCGUGGACUGCCAAGGGAGAAAACUUUCCUCCAUCCCCACUGCCUUAUCCUGGUCACGGGCUCCAGACCACCUCCUGCUGGCCCGUAACCGUAUCCGGGCCCUCCACGACGGGGCCUUCUCUGGCUUCGAGGGCCUGAGGAGCCUGGACCUGCAGCAGAACCGGAUCUCAGUGUUGGAGGAGGGGGUGUUCCUGGGCCUGAUACACCUCACCACCCUUCUGCUGCAGCACAACCGUCUGGGCACGCUCAGCGAGGAGGCUCUCAUCCCCAUGCCAGCCCUGCGCUACCUGCGUCUCCAUGACAACCCCUGGAGCUGCCGCUGCACACUCGACAGUCUGGUUCGCACCCUGCAGGUGCCCAGCAACCGUAACCUGGGGAACCAUGCCAGGUGUGCGGAGCCAGUUGGGCUGAGGGGCAGGAAGCUGAGACAGGUGGACCCAGAGCUGCUGUGUCUGGAGCUGGAGCCUCCCAGCGACCCCCCAGACCCGCAUGGGGAGGACCAGAGGGACUCCACAUACCCUCUGCAGCCCAUCCCCAUCAGGGGCAAGCCUGACGCCACCACCUCCUGCCAUACCUACCUGUUCCCCACACCCCGACUGGACUGCAGAAGCAGAGAUCUGGCGGAGGUUCCUGCAGACAUCCCAGGGGACAUGGUUCACAUGGACCUGUCCCAAAAUUCCCUCCGGCGCCUGAAGGCCAGAGACUUUGUGGAGGCCAGAAGCCUAAGGUCACUCAAUCUCAGCGACAACAACUUGGAGGACAUGGACACAGCCUCCCUGUCUGGCCUUCUCCACCUCCAUGAGUUGGACCUUUCCAACAACAACCUGCACUUCUUCCACUAUGGUGUUCUAGAAGAUCUCUAUUUCCUGUCCCUGCUAAGGUUGGGGGGAAACCCCUGGGUCUGUGACUACAGCAUCCACUACCUGGUGUACUGGCUACGUCUGCACCCAGGGGUGACCCACUCUGGCCUGCUGUGCCACUCCCCUCCUGAGCUCAGAGGAAAGAGUGUGGAGGACUAUGUUCACUCCUACAACAGAGCCUGCAGCCAGACAGAGCACAGUCAGACAGAAUACGGCCAGACAGAUCCAGAAUUGUGGGUCACAUCUAUGGAGCUGCAGGAGGAGCUAGAGGAGAUGGAACCGGCACAUCUGAGAGGACCGCAGAAAUACCACGUCACCAGGUUGAAUUAACAAACUACCCCAGGAUGGAAUGACUGACAUCUUGAACACCUUUAAAUACUUUGUCUUCCUUUUAUAGAGCAUUCAAAUUAAUUAUGUAUCAGAUGGUAAACUUGAACUUUGUUCAAUAUUGUUGUUCUUGCUUUGUCCCAAAAAAAUCAAAAAACAAGAAAUCAAGAAAUAACAAUCCAAGUAGAUAUAUUGGAUUGAGCAUGUAUGAGAAUCCAGAAUAUACAUGUGGUGUGUAUAGACAGUAUAUAAUUUGGAAGAGAAAAUGGUAUGUACAGUAUUAGGUAUAUUAGGAUGAGCUAUAUCUAGAAUACAAUAUAUACAUACACAGUGAGUAAACAACAGUAUAUAAACAGAAUAUGAGGUG